AUGGAGGACUUUGUGGCUGCUGAAAUAUAUGGUGUUCCUUCUGGGAAGGAACACACCCUGCUUCCUGGCCGCUGUUGCCUGCGGUCCACCCUGCAGGAAGGCAUCCCGACGCUCAUCGUCCUGGACUCCAAGGGGGAGGUGAUCACGCGGCAGGGGCGGGUGGAGGUGCUGAACGACGUGGAAUGCCGCGAAUUCCCCUGGCACCCCAAACCUGUGCUGGAGCUGACGGACUCCAACGCCGUGCAGCUGAAUGAGGGCCCCUGCCUCGUUCUCUUUGUAGAUUCGGAGGAUGACGGAGAGUCGGAGGCAGCGAAACAACUGAUUCAACCCAUAGCUGAAAAAAUCAUUGCCAAGUACAAAGCCAAAGAUGAGGAGGCACCGUUGCUCUUCUUUGUGGCGGGCGAGGAUGACAUGACCGACUCCCUGCGGGAUUACACCAACCUGCCCGAGGCUGCCCCCCUGCUCACCAUCCUGGACAUGUCAGCCCGGGCCAAGUACGUGAUGGAUGUGGAGGAGAUCACACCCGAGAUCGUGGAAGCCUUUGUCAGCGACUUUCUAGCAGACAAGCUAAAACCCGAGCCCAUCUAAGGGGGCUUCUGCACCAACAGACGUUAUUUAAAACUAGGUCUCUCUUCUGCCGCUCGUGGAUUCUCCAGCGUGUCCUCACGCCCGACCCAGUAUCCAACCUUCUUGUGGUGCCUUGUUCUACGCAGUGAAUCCUUCUCCUAAGCAAACUCCUUGAGAUGCACUUUCAGCAGGGAGUCGUUGGCGUUUGGAGACUUCGCUUGUGCUUCAUGGUGAUAUAUUCUCUAAUAACCAGGCCAGAACUGUUACCAUAUCGUUACUUUAUACACGGCACUAGCUAGCAGGCAAACCUUUUUGCAUGGUGUUCUUCCCAACGUAUGCAUCAGGCAGUGGAUGGGGUUCUCGGGGCUCUUUUCUUCUCCUUCUUCUCCCCCCUUCUUUCCUCUCCUACCACCCCUGCUGACUAAAUGACUUUUAAGGAAGCAAUAAGGCAACUGUCCCCUUCGCCCCUGGCCCGUCCGACUUUCCCAUGCGAGUGCCCUGACGAGGCCGAGACAAAGUCUUAACUGCUGACAACCUCUGAAAGACCACGGCGCAGCCAGGCUCUUCCUCCUGGGGCUGAGACCUUUCCGGGUGGGUUUCCCACCUCCCACCCCAAGCACCAGCAGCCUUAGGUGCUGCUGGCCCUGUUUAUAGGGGGGGUCACCCCCUGAUCCACCUGUGAUGGGUGGAUGUUCCUUCCCUCCCUCUCUUGAGCCAGGAGGAGGACCACCAUCGGGCUGCCCUCACCUCUCCCUUGUGCUCUCCCUGUCCCCUCUUGUCCCUCUCUCUGGUAUGAAUUGUCCUCUCCCCUCUAUGUUAGUUGAUCGAGCUGUUUUUCGUAGGUGUGUCCCAAACCCAACAUUAAUGGUGCUGUUCUUUAAAAAAAAAAAACCAAAAAAAAAA